ACAACGGCCAAUAAAAACUUCCCAUCAUAACACCAUCAGGAAGUUGAGUGAAAAUUUAUUAUCAGCUGUGGAGAAAAUUCAGUCAAAAAUGAAUCAGACAUUGGGCAUACCAUUGUUUUUGUAUCGAACAUUAGCCGAUAGUCUUUAAGUUAUUUAUUAAUUGUGAUUAAAUGGUUGGAAUAAUCUGUUGAAUGCUACGGCGUAAUGGGUGCAAAUAUCUCUCAGCUUGAGCGUGACAUUGGUGCUGAUCAGUUUCCCCCAAAUGAACACUACUUUGGUCUAGUUAAUUUCGGGAAUACUUGCUACAGUAAUUCAGUACUCCAAGCGCUUUACUUUUGUCGGCCUUUUCGAGAAAAAGUCCUCGAAUAUAAGGCCAAGAACAAACGCACUAAAGAAACAUUGCUUUCUUGUUUGGCCGAUUUGUUUUACAGCAUCGCGACACAAAAGAAAAAAGUUGGCUCGAUAGCACCGAAAAAAUUUAUAGCUCGGUUACGAAAAGAAAAGGAAGAAUUCGACAACUACAUGCAGCAAGACGCGCAUGAAUUUCUCAAUUUUUUGAUUAAUCACAUAAACGAAAUCAUUUUGGCGGAACGGAAUCAAACGAAAGGAGGAAGUGGGACGAGUGCAAAUAAAAAUGGAACCUGUACUGGAACGGGACCUGGAAAUAGCCUUAAUGGAGACAAUGCCCAACAGCCACAGGAACCGACCUGGGUACAUGAAAUAUUCCAGGGUAUUCUAACCAGUGAAACGAGAUGUCUGAAUUGCGAGACAGUUAGCAGCAAGGAUGAGAAUUUUUUCGACUUGCAAGUAGAUGUCGACCAGAACACCAGCAUCACGCACUGUUUGCGAUGUUUCAGUAACACGGAAACCUUGUGUAGUGACAAUAAGUUCAAGUGCGACAAUUGCUGCAGCUACCAGGAAGCCCAGAAACGAAUGCGAGUCAAAAAGCUACCGAUGAUUCUGGCGUUGCAUUUGAAGAGAUUCAAAUAUAUGGAACAGUACAACAGGCAUAUAAAAGUGUCACAUCGGGUUGUAUUUCCAUUGGAAUUGAGGCUGUUCAAUACGUCCGACGAUGCAGUGAAUCCUGAUAGACUGUACGAUCUGAUGGCCGUAGUUAUCCAUUGUGGUUCUGGGCCGAACCGAGGACACUACAUUAGCAUAGUGAAAAGUCAUGGAUUUUGGUUACUUUUCGACGAUGACAUGGUUGAUAAAAUUGAGGCAUCUACCAUUGAAGACUUUUACGGACUUACCUCGGAUAUUCAAAAGUCGUCCGAAACGGGAUACAUUCUAUUUUAUCAGUCACGAGACGCCACGACCUAAGGCACGAAGUACAGUACUAAAGUAUGCUAAUUCAGUUGAUGCUGAGAUGGGAAAUGAUUGUAAAAAUGCCCCUGCCCAUUCCAUCAAUAUGCAAAAAAUGAAUAGUUAUCGUUGAACUUAUUUAUUUUCUGUUGAGCUUAAGCAUUAGUGAUAAAACUUGAACUAUUUUAAGCAUGCGUACGGCAGAGGCGCAGUCAAUGUUUAGUUUUCAAACAGUAUCAACCAACUGCAAUGUUUUACUUCAUAUAUAGUUGACUUUUGCAGAUACGCCUUAAAUGAUUGCGUUAGUUUGUCCAAACAUCCGCUAUGGUUAGCUUACAUACAUGAAUAUGCAUGCAUUGUAUAAAAGGUAUAACUGGAGUUGUGAGACAUUACUAUUACUAGCAAAUAGUAUAGCCGUCAUUUCGCCGAAUGUAGAGAAAUAUGAUAAUAAAAACUGGUUUAAAAAA